AUGGCCGACUCUGCGCGCAAGAAACAGCGUCUCUCCCCAGACAGCGAUGCACAGAGGACGCCUAUUCCCAAUGCCACUUUGCAACCCAUAACCCCGUUCCGCCGCGCCAUUAGCGUGGGUCCCACUCCAGGAAGUAGAAGAACACCACUCGUGCGCACUCCAGCAACGGCGCGGACGCCUCGAGGCGGGCCAGCAACUCGGCCUCUUCCUUCGCGGCGAACGGCACCUACCACUCCUCAUGCGAUAAGAGCACUGAGAGAACGAGCCAAUGCAGCCAGGACACCUGGUAACAACCGGAGGAGAAGUGGGCGUGUCCAAAGAGAAACACCACGCGAUUUGCUGCGUGACCUGAGCAGAGCGCUUGCCCGCGACAGUCGGCCAGUCGAACCCUCUCCACAAGUCCUGCCUCAGCGGCCACGGCACUCAGCACUCGAUCUUCCAGACGUUGACGAUGGCCCGCCAAUGGCAGCCCCCCGGCUCUCUAUGCCGCUUGAGAACAUGUACGAUGACGACGACGACGACGAUACUAUCCACAGUGCCCCACCACGACAGUCGAUACUACCAGAUCUACCGGAUGACGUGGAUGGAGGAACGGUGCAGUCUCUCGAGUUUGGAAGGCGAGCCAUUAGUGAAGACCCGCGCUUGAUGUAUGGAGGCAGGCAGAGCGAGAGGUUUGGGGAUUUGAGUGAACUCGGCGCAGUAGAGGAAGAGCUCGAGGUAGACGGAACCUUUAUCAACAGACGCCCAGAUGGUUUGUUUGACCAAGCCAUUGAGGAUGCCCUUGACGAAGACGAUACGACCAUACAGGCACUGACAGGCCGACGAGAUGGACGUACGAGCGACGCCAACUUGGGAGUGUUUGGUGACGGAGAUGACGACACAGAGGAGCCCACUUUCCGCUUCAUGAUACCUGAUCGCAUACGCGCGCCACCCCGAGAAUACCCGCCAGAGGAACAAGAAAUUCAAGAGGACAACGUGCCAGAUAGUGAGCCUCCAACCAUGCUGGGUGAUACAGAAUUACUAGACGGUCAGGACCAAGAGACGACGGUAGCAUUGGACCUCGAAGAUCCUAAUCAAGACGGUGACAUGUUUGGGUGGGAGUCCGACCCUCCUGUAGACGACGACGCCGAACUAGCGGCAUAUCGAGAGGAAGAAUCAGCUAUAGACCGUAGUCUGCAGACACAGUCACCGGAACGACUGCCUGGUGAACAGCCCAGGGGUGCCCGAAAGUCUAAAGAAUACUUGGUGUCGCAGCACGGGAUCGGCCUUCCUUCGUUUCCUGCCGCACCGGUCAAGAAGCUUGCUCUCGGUUUCAUCAAGUCACAGGGGGGCAAAGCCAAACUUAACAAGGAUACUCUGGAUGCUCUUGUCCAAACAACCAAUGACUUUUUUGAGCAAAUCAGCAUCGACCUCGCUGCGUAUGCACAGCAUGCUGGGCGAAAAAUGAUUGACGAGAGCGACGUCAUCGCACUCAUGAAGAGGUAUUUACAUCUCAUCUACUGUACACUUGUACAACUGGCUAGCUCACGUUGCUGA